CCACGCCGCCCUCACUCUCUUGUUUACAUUCCGUCCGUGUUGGCGCUCUUCGGCUCCUGUCUACAGGUAUUCCUUUUCUCCCAGGAUGCUGGGAUUUGACCAGGGGGUUCGACACCUUUUUAAACGGGGAGUGAAUGCUGUAUGAAAUUACAGAUAUUUGCGGUGAGGGAGGUUCAGCGAUCUUGAAGCUGGGCUUCUGGCAGCACUUGAGCAGCUUGUACAGCACCUGAGCAGCUUGUACAGCACUUGAGCAGCUUGUACAGCACUUGAGAAGCUUGUAUAGCACUUGAGCAGCUUGUACAGCACCUGAGCAGCUUGAACAGCACUUCAGCAGCUUGUACAGCACCUGAGCAGCUUGUACAGCACCUGAGCAGCUUGUACAGCACCUGAGCAGCUUGUACAGCACCUGAGCAGCUUGUACAGCACCUGAGCAGCUUGUACAGCACCUGAGCAGCCUUCAGAAGCGAGCAGGGACAGGCAGGGAGCCCAGCGCCUCCUGGAACAACAAACACCAAAGGGAAAAAGAGACCAGUUACCAGGGGCCGUAGAGACGCUGCCGAAGGAGGAUGGGAAGCAAGACCAGCAAGAAACUAGUCCCCAACAGACCUCCUCCCAGGGUCCCAGCGACGGGCCCAACCCCAACCAAGAUGGUGGCUAGAACCCGGCGGAAGAUGGUCCCUCCGGACGGUGGAUGGGGGUGGAUGGUGGUGCUCGGCUCCUGCCUCUCACUGUUCUUCUUCCCGGCUGUGACUGUGGCGUUUGGCGUGCUGUUUAGGGAACGUCUGCAGGAGCUGGGCUCCGGAGCCACGGCCUUCACUAUCAUUGCCAACGGACUCAGCAUCUCCUGGAGCUUCAUGGCGCUGCUGAUGGCGCCCUUGUGUGAGCUGUUCGGAUACCGCCGUAUGACGAUUGCCGGGGGACUGCUGGCAUUCUUAACCCUGGUGCUUUGUGCCUUCAGUACCAGCGUCGUAGCGUUUGGGCUCGUCUACUCUGUCCUUGGAGGGAUGGCUUGCGCUAUGUCCACCUUCAGCGGCAUGGUGAUCAUCACUCGCUACUUCGACCGUCAUAAGGGCCUCACCAACGGCAUCAUAGCCUCGGCCGCAGCUCUGGGGAAGAUCACAAUGGCGCCGGUGCUCCGCGUCCUGCUGGACCAGUAUGGGUACAUGUGGGCGUGUCUUCUGACGGGGGCGCUCUCCCUCCACGCCUGCGUCUCCGGCAUGCUCUACCAGCCCCCAGAGUGGCACUUGAUCCCUGAGAAGCAUGUCACACAAGGUGGAUUAUCCCGGCAGACUUCUAUAUCGACAAUGUCAGUCACAAUCACGGAAAAUGGCGUAGUGGAGCAGAAGGACGCGGAGGCGCUGCCAGCGCCCCCACCCCGGACAGCGGACGACGACGAGGGAGAAAACGUCAUUUACGUCAUGCCAACUACUCCAACUACCGUCCACCCUAUUCAUAAAGACGACGAAGUAGUUCUCUUCUCGCGAUCGUGUGAGGUGCCGCCAAAGAGAGACAUCAGGAGCAGUAAAGUAGCUCUGACGGAUUCUCGCUUGUCGUUGUUUGGGUCGAUGCCGCUACUGACGCCGGUGGAGUACAAGGUCUAUGACGACGGCGACGACGUGACCCAGCAGUCCUCCUGCUGGGGAGACUGUCUCCUUGUCAAGGUUUUCAGCAUGUUGAACUACGCCAUGGUGAGGGAGCCUCGGUUUCACCUGAUAGCCUGGCCCAACGCCCUCGCCAUUGCUGCCACCAUCAACCUCAUGUACGCCCUGCCAGGCUACGUGGCCUCCAUCGGCUACACGCCCUACCUCAGCGCCUUUGCCAUAUCGAUCUUCAGCGCCACAGAGGCGGUGUUUCGGCUGGUGUUUGCAGCUCUCUCUGACCAUUCGUGGUUCCCCAUUGAGUUGGCCUACACUGCCGGCUUCACCUUCUCCGCGCUGUCCAUAGCAGCACUGCCACUGUGGAGGUGCUACGCCUGGAUCAUGGGGUGUCUGGUGGUGAACGGGGUGGCCAUGAGUCUGACCAACGUCCUGCUCAUCCACAUGGUCGCCGAGCACCUGGGCCUGCAGGUGUACGCCCAGGCCGUCGGCUUCUUCUCCCUCAUCAACGGCCUCGUCAUCGUCGUCGGCGGCUCCACCACUGGCUUCAUCAGAGACUAUACCGACAGUUACAAGGCCACCUUCUUCUGGAUCGCUGCCGUUAUUGCAGUCGCCGCUGGUGUUUGGAUCUCCAGAUGUUGCUUCAAGACUAUCACCAGCAAAUACAAUAAAGUUUCAAACCCGACGCAGUGAUUGGGCACGGUAGCUGUGUCCUACAAGGUAGUUUCAUUGCCUCUGAAACUACACUAGACAGUAGUUUCAGGCACUGUCUGAAACCAGAGAUGACCAUACGUACAUAGGCAUCUUCAGAGGCAAUUACUGACGCAAGGUGAACCCGGAUGUAGUUAGCUAUAGUGGUUGAGGCUAAUCACACUUCUGGUGCAGUUAAAUUCUUGUUCAGGCACAGUAGCUGAGGCUAUGGAAGUCCACAUGUUAAGAGAUUAAGAGAUACAGGCCAGGCUCGUUAAAGCAGCGGUCAUGCCUGAGGUGUGGCUCUAUGGCUCAGGUGAGCCUCUGUGUACAUCAGGUACUGGAGAACCAGACCACAAUACGGCCAGGAAACUUUGCCUAAUAAUUGCAGAGUUAUAUAAGAAAAAAAUAUAGGUUUUGGUGUGAUGUUGGACUUAAGACUUAAACCGCUCAAAAAUACGCAAGUCCACUUCUAUGUAUAUAUAUAUAUAUACAGCGAGAAACGGGGAAUACUCCUAUGUAUAAAUGGCCCUUAUGAAUUCUAUUAGUGCCAGAGAUUGACAUGUAUUUAAUAAACGUUUGUUGCCCAAAACGCUACGCGUCCUAGUGGCUUUACAAGAAUGUUAAUUCAA